AGGUGCCCUCUAUGUGAGCGCGCCUCGGAACGCAACAGCUGCACAGUGAGAGAUUUGCAAACAUUGAAAGCGCAGCUUUUUGGCCGGCUAACAGUUGGCUAACGCAGCUAACCAGAAUACGACUUAAUAUCCGAAGAACUUAUAUGUGUUUAACUCCGACACACGUAUCAUUCCAAAUACCUUCUAAUAACCGUGUCUGCUAUAGUAGCUUGAAUACCUGACGAGUGAACAUAUUGGUUCUGCCUGUCAGGACAUAAUUCCUUUUUGUGAAUCACAAGAUAUCUGAAGAGAUUUCACAUGUAAACGCCUACCAGUGGCAAGCCUCAACUACUUUGUGUGUAGUUCGUCAUGUCUUAUUAUAGGGGUACAGUGAAGCUUUCUGAGGAUAAUCUUUUUUGGAAUUUCAUUUGAAAGUGGCGAGAUUCUGUCAAGAUCUCUUACUUUUGUCCUCCAAGUCUUUUACAUGAGAGCGACUCCUAGAACUGACAGUUUCUUUAUAUUUUUUCUCAAGUAAAAGGGUGUAUAGUAUAGCCUUUGUCAUGCCCACCCACCCGUUGAUUCCAUAUGUGGAAAGUCCUGAUGGGCUAGGCCAUGAUAUCUUGAACCACAGUAGUGCUACCAUGCCUGGGGCUGGCUCCAGUAUGACACCCCACGUCAUCCUGGCGGAGAAAGCAGAUGUGCAGGUGGCAGGCAGCCUGCCUCUGGACUGCAUGUUUUGUGAGGAAACCUUUCAGAGUGAAGAGGAGCUUGGUCCACACCUUUUCGCACAGCACCACACCACAUUCCAUGCUCCAGCCGUGCUACGGGUGGAGGCUGAAUUCUUAAGCCCUGGAGAGAAAGCCCGCUCCAAGUCAUGCCUACCCACAGAGCCAGAGGAACAACUGGCUUGCAUAGUGUGCGGCCAGGCCACUGAAGAUGCGGCCAAACUAGAAGCUCAUAUGAGAAAGCACAAGGAUUCCUUCAUCUAUUGCUGUACCCUGUGUGGCCGGCGUUUUAAGGAGCCCUGGUUCUUGAAGAAUCACAUGCGAACCCAUGGAAAAUCAGGGGCCAAGAGUAAGAUUCAGGACAUUGAGGUGCCUGUCACCAUCAAUGACAUCAUUCAAGAACAUCCAGCAUCACCUGCAUGCACAGCGUACAAAAUGUGCAUGGUCUGCGGGUUCUUCUUCCUCAACAAAGAGGCGCUAGCUGAGCACAGUAAAGUGCACAGUCGAGAACCAGAGGUGAAUGAGGAGAAUGUCUCUGCUCACUGCCAGCGUUUUGUGGAGGCUCCUGCCUCUCAGGAAGGCUUCCUGCAGUGCCUCCAGCUGCAGCCCAGGACCAGGGAGAACGCAGUGCAGAACAGCCAGCCUGGCCGCUGGAUCUCACAACUUGACCCUUUCAACACCUACCAAGCCUGGCAGCUGGCCACUAAAGGCAAGAUUGCUGUAGGCCCAAAUAUUAACAAGGAGCUCAAUGUAGACUCUAACUCAGACAAUGAGGACUUUGGUUCUGAUAAAGAAGAGCUUGGCUCUAUCUGGGACUCGUGCAACGGUGACAAGCCAGUGAGGAGAGGCCUUAGAAAUGAACUGAAGCCCAAAUUCAGUGGAGGGGAGACCCAUUUGCAAGAUCAGAAGAGUCUGAUGCGCAAAGAUAAGCCAACAGACUGCGAGGAGUGUGGGAAGACUUUCAGGACUUACCAUCAGCUAGUGCUGCACUCCAGAGUUCACAAGAGAGAACGGGGUGGAGCAGAGAGCCCUACAACACCUGUGGAAGGAAGGACUCUGAGUGUGGGCUCUGCUGGCAGUCCAUCACUGGACCAAGUAGAGGAGUGCUCUGAGGAUGGCUCUGAAGAAGGGGUACCUGGAGAAGCUUUUCAUUCAGAUAAAAGUGAAGAUGGCUCACAUAAAAUGAAACUGAAAAUUCUUGCUCCAAGGAAAUGCUGUUACUGUGGCAAGACUUUCCGUUCCAACUAUUACCUCAAUAUUCAUCUCAGGACACACACAGGUGAAAAACCUUACAAAUGUGAAUACUGUGACUAUGCUGCAGCACAAAAAACAUCUCUGAGGUAUCAUCUGGACAGACGUCACAAAGACAAGCCUUUUACAGAGAUCCCCAACAUCCCUGUGAAGGGCAGAGAGUCUCCUAGGAAUGUAGAUGACAAGCAAGCUUCAAAACCAUUUAAACAGUGGCCUGCUCCUAGCCCCGUUUCUGCCAUUAUCAAACAUGAAGCAGGGCCCAGCCAGCCAGGCAUUACCACUACCAGCUCUGUUGUCUGUGUCAAAGAGGAGUGUGGGAAUAUGUCUGCCACGACUCCUUAUACACCUCCUAGCGAGGCACAUGUCAAAUGUCCCUUGCCCAUCAACCUUAAAGCCGAGGGAAAAGAGGCCUCAGAGGCACCAUUAAAUCUUUCCCUGAAAGCGUCUUUGUCAGUUUCUGCUACCUCAGUGCCUAGGAACAUGUUACUGACCAACUCGUGUGCUUCCUGUGCUUAUGAAACCCUUUACCCUGAGGUCCUGCUCAUGCACAGGAAGCUUAUCCAUAAGGAGAACUUGGAUGUAAAGAAAAAUGGCUACAGGCCUCCCCUCAAGCCAAAACGGUACACUGGUUGCCCUCCAGCCCUUGAAGGCCGAGAUGUCACCCCUUUGCCCCACAUUAACAGGAAACACCCUCGCCGGACCAAAUCCCCACCACCACAGUCGGGAAGGUCUGGGGAGAAGGUCCAGCCUUCUAAACCUCCUCAAAUGGCGAAGACCUCUCCUGCAAAGGAGCCUUGGAGAGACCCCCAGCACAGUACCCAGAGAAGCCGGGUUGCUGAAGGAGCUACAGUCAUCCAGCCCAGGUUCUCAGACGUGGCGGUGGAAUCGAUCAGAAAAUUCAACUCUCCCGUGACUGUGGACAGAGAGCCAUCCACUCAGAAGCCUGGACAGGGUAGAACCAGUGUGAUCUGGCCCUCGGAUGCGGCCCGACUGUGUCUUUCAGACCGCUUUAGGAGCUUGACACAAAUGGACUAUGGUGAGCCCUCCAGCAAGAGGCUAAAGCCUGCAGAGCCUCUUCAGGGCACUGGAAGGAUAGGGGAUGAGUUCAGUAGACUCAUGCCCUCAGGCAGGAAUGUGAAAAGCAUGUUGCAAGGAAACUUGCCCAUGGCUCCUGUCAGAGUGGGUCCUGCAGUGUCUGGCAGUAGCAUUGAGGCAGACUGGAAUGUGAUCAACCUCCUGCGCACCUACACACCCAGCGACCUGGCCUCACUCUACCAGCCCGCUGUGGCAGGCUCCAGCCACACUGCCGGGAAUUCACCCAGCGCUGGCUUGAGAUAUUUGGAUAAAACCACCGCAUCCGCUUCCACCAUGACGACAACGAUGAUGACGACUACUGCUAGAAGAAAGGUUUAAAUUAAACAAAAAAGAACAUGUUUUUGAUGCAUGCUCACUCCAGACACUACUUCUAAAGGGACAGCCAUGUUACUUAUACUGAACACGUGGUAAGGGGGAUUCAACUGUUAUCUCAGCCUUGGCCAAGAAGCAGAGUGGACUCGGGAUCAGGCCUUGAACAGUGCUGUUUUCGUGUGUCAUAAUGUUCCAUUAUGUCAACAGCUUACAGAUAUGGUACCGCACUUAACACCAAACAUGAUUUAUCAUGCACUCUUGCUUACGCUACAUGGCUGUUGCCUCUUGAAUUGACUGUUCAAAAUCAAAUGCUUGGGGGGCAGUGCUUUGAUUGCGAGAUAUCUUGAACCUAACAAGUGCCUCUUAUACUUGAUCGGAAUGCUGUUACACAAAGGUAGCGUAGACCAAAUAACAAGGGGGAACUUGACCCAGGUUCAGUUCAAACAGAUAAAAAGUAUGUUUUGUACAUGUUAAAUGAGACAUUUCUAUUUCUAUUUACGCUGUGCAGGAAAAAAUACAUAGAUCUACUUUAUACUGUGCAGCUUCUGAUAGUUUUUGAUCUUGCAAUUAAAAUGUAUUGUUUUUUUCCAUUGGUGCAAACGAAAGCUGCUGUGUUUUUUGUCUUGGAACUGAGACACAUAAAACAAUGGUGACGUACUGUGUACAUUUAUUUUUCUUCCGUAUUGGGAUAACAAAUGCAGGCGUUGUAUGGAACCUCUGUACUGUGACAACCAGAUGUGCCAUCCUCAGGUUUGAUGGACAGAUAGAACUGUGACUUAGUCUUGCUUUAGUUGUGUGCUAAGCCAGCUCUCUGUGUAGGGCUUUCUUUUGGUUUGAUGUUACAUUUUCACAUACCUGAAUGUUCUGUUUUGUGCUUUUUUUUUUUUUUUUUUUUUUUUUUUUUUUUUUUUUUU